CGGAGAAGAAGGUUUACGUCUAUCCGUACACGGGUUCUUCUGUCGCCGAUUGCUACUAGCCUCUGUACCUAUACCAUGCUAGACUAGAAACGCAAUUUUCUGCUCGGUUCGAUAUCAGCUCCUGUGGCGAAAGUGAGGACUGCUAUCGUUACGUAUUCGCGUUCGGAUGUGCUGGAGGCAAGUGACUCCAAACCGGGAAUCGGCCGAAGUGCGAUAUCGAUCGAUAAAAAUUGUUCCGCGACAGUUCGCGUGAUCGGUGCGUGUAAUUUGUUCGAUCCAAAAUAAGCAUUGGUUAUUUUUUACUUCUGCUAUUCAUUCUUAGGCAGACUAUUCUGGUGAGGUAGCAAAGUACUGCCAAGGGUGUCAAAGUCGAAGUCUGCCGACGACAAGUUUACCGUCUCUUGAGAGGAGAAGAUAGGACUGAAUGUUGUGACAAACAGUAGUAGGAGCAGCAGCAGCAGCAGCAGCAACAGCAAAAAGCAGUGUUGUACGUCUUUUUCGCUAAGCUUAAACUAAAGUGCGAGUGCGGAUUAUUUGAGUACUUUCUCAACCUUGGAUUGAGCUACGACAAAUCUGCCAGUUUUUUUGAUUUUGUUUUUUUGUUGUUCGUUUCUUACACAUCUCUCCGAUGUCGUGAGACUAACGGAGCCGAGUGGGGUAUGAAACAAGAAGGAAAAUAAAACAACGCAAAUCGCAAAACCCUUGAAAACCAAACAAAAGGAUCUAAGUGGAAUUCCUCCAACGAACCAGUGCCCGUAGUGCGAGUAGUGACAAGUGUGUUUACCGAGCUCCAAUUGGAAAAAGAAAAGAUAAUUUAAGUGCCCCUUUUUUUUCUCUGCCGAAAGAGCAGAGGAAGAAAAUAUCGAAAAAAAUAAAUAGUGAUCAAAUUGUGCAACUCCAGUUGGUGAAUGGUGAAGAAGAUACUGUUUCUGUUCGGUGGCCGAAUACGGAUUCCCUCAACUUUUCCUGUGGAGUAGCAUGCAAAAAAACCGUAAAGGUGGCUGGCGUAUCAGCGACCACGGAGCGAUUAACUGCUCCCCCGGCGCCUCCUCAGGGCCACUCGCCCCUCCAACUGUUAGAUGAGCCUCACAUGUCCAUUGCUGCGGCUGAAAAUGCAGGGUAAGCAAACGAUAUACACCGGACUGACGAGAAUUGUGAAUUCUAUUCUGGCGCCACGGACUAAUUGUGCUGUCCUUCUAAUCAGGCUUGGCCCAUGUGAACUUCCAUUGCCGGACCAGUGGCUCGUCCAUACACAGCUCCUACAAUCGUCACAAUCGUCACAAUCGUCACAACAAUAUUCAUCGUCAUCGCAAGGCCAAAGUUUGGGUUUGGCUGGACUGUCAACACUGCCGUUACAACAAUCUCAUCACCAUCAUCAGCAGCAGCAGCAGCAACAUUCCAACAGUACCCAACAGCAGCAGCAGCAGCAUCCGCAUCAGCAACAGUCUUCAGGUCAGCAAACACCGUCUGCAUCACCGCAGCAGCAUCUGCAGUCGAAAAUAAUGAACGCCGUGGUUCCGGCCGUGUCGGUUCCGGCAGCAACCAAAAAAAUUCGUAGAAAGCCUGAUACUAAGCCACAAUCACAAAUCAACAAGUGCAACAACGAGAAACGUCGCCGGGAAUUGGAGAAUGAGUACAUCGAACAGCUCGGCGAGUUUCUGCAGAUCAACAAGCGGGAUAUGACCGCAUGCAAGCCGGACAAGGCAGCGAUACUCAGUGAAGUCGUGCGAACGUUUCGUCGCUUGCUGGAGCAAGGAAACCGCGAUCUAACCGGAUCGAACCGUUGCUCGAAGUGUUCGCCCGAUUGCAGCGACUCCUGCAAGCUGCACCCGGUUCAGCAGGGUGAAGUUUCCUCCACGGAACCGCCACUGCCGGAACCGUCCGCCAACGGGCACUCGCCGGAGAAGUCGGCCUACUUCGAAGCGGUCCAGCAUUACAUCUCCAACGUGGGCUGGGCGCUGCUCGAAAUCAACUCGGAGGGUGUCAUCGAAUGUGCCACCGAGAACGUACUGGACGUGCUGCACUACUCGCGUACCGAACUGCACGGACAGUCCAUUUAUUCGUACCUGCAUACUGGUGAUCAUUCAAAGCUGAGUCCUAUUUUAAAUAAGAAUUCGUUUGAACUGAACUGGGAUCAAGAUGAGAUGUUUUAUCAGACACCAAAGCGAACGAUUCGGACGAAGAUUCGCUGGCUGCUGAAAGCGCCGGAGAGUGCCAACGAUACGAUCGAGCAGAAACAGCAACGCCAGGACAAGUACAAGGAUCUGCUAAUCAUCUCCGCUCCCGUCAAAGAUGACACCGACACCGAGUCGUCGUCGGUGCUUUGCCUAAUUACACUACCAGAGGACGACCACCAGGGCGCCAUCGAGAGCCACACUAUGCCACAGACGCUGGAUGAGCAACUGACGCUCAAGCUGGAUAUGAGUGGUGCCGUUAUAGAUUUGGACGCAGCGACGCUUAGAAAACAAUUCGCAGGAUACCUAACCAAAGAGACUGUACGGUCAAUCCACGAUCUCUGUCACUUUCAGGAUCGGCCUCGUUUGAACGAGCACCUCAACAAUGUGAUGAACGCGAACGGUACCGCUCAAAUUUCGUCGUACCGAUUGCGUCUCGGCGGACCAGACGUGUACGUACACGUCAAGGCCCAGACGAGAUUAUUUCGCAACAACAAACCAAAUGAACCGGAUUUCAUAAUGGCCAUCCAUACGAUUCUGACCGAUAGUGAGGUAGCCAUGGUGGAAAGUGGACUGGCAAGCGGGAAUAAUCCGUCAUCGUCGUCAUCGUCUGGUUUGGCCAUGCCAAGCACCAGCAGUAGUGGCAACACCGGUGGCAGUACCGCACGUCAACUACAACAAAUUACGCAGGGAGUUAGUAACAUGGGCGGACCGUUGAUGUCCAGUAUACUGAACGGAGGUGGAGCUAGUGGGGGGACUGGUCCAGCUGGUUCCGGUGGAUCCGGUGGUCUUCAGGGUGUCCUAGCUUCGGUUGUAUCGCCGCGGAGCAAUCCGAACUCCUCGCUGCUGCAAUCAGAUAGUUCAAACUUUUUCAAUUCGGAUUUUGAAUUCGAGUUUCCACAUUCCACAUUUGACAUGGAGUCGGUCGGUGUUGGCUGGGAUUCAAGGCCUGACUCGCGAACGAGUGUGACUCCGGUCAGUACGCCUCGGCCCCCGUCGGUAACGGCGUUCAGUCCUGCAGCAGCUCCCAUGUGCCCCUCCCCACUCACUCCAUACCAUGGUGGAAGUGCCGGUGGACAGCCGUCUCCUUCGAACAACAAUAACAACAACAGUAUGACGAAUAACAAUACCGGUCCGUUCGGAGGAAAUUUUCCAUUUCCGUUUGAUGACAAGGAGAAAAUUCAGGAACAGAUUCAUCAACAGCAGCAGCAACAACAACAACAACAGCACCAACAACAGCAGCAGCAGCAGCAACAACAACAGCAUCAACUACAACAGCAUCAGCAGCAACCACAACAACAGAUGGCCUCACACGACUCAGAGCGGUUACGUAAUCUACUGACAACCAAACGAUCUCACUCAAAUGCCUCGUCCUCGUCUGGUUUGGAUAUGGAUCAUGACCACCGGAACCCGAAUCGGAUUCUAAAGGGCUUACUAAAUUGCGAAGAAGAUAAGGAUAGUAACGGAAAUAAGUUAAGCACUACUGCGGCUCUUUCACAACGUUUACCUCAGUCGGUUAGAGUCCACCAGUCGUCGCAUGGUGGUGGUGGUAGUAGUGGUGGCUUAGGGGGCAGCCGCCCGGGCGGCACAGAACUCAAAUCUGGUAGCAAUAACAUGCUAUUGCAGCUACUCAACGAGAAAAGUGACGACGAUGAUCCGGAAGCGCGGAAACGGCCGAGUGAACUGAUGCGACAGUUACAGAAAGUUAAAGAUGAACCGAAGGAGCACCCGGCCCCGCUCAACAACGAGGAACUAAUCCAGAUGCUUCGAUUGCAGGGAAACGAUCGCAAGCGACCCUCGAACGAACCGGAUGAGGGUGGUGCCGCGAAACGCCCCGAUGAUAAACCGUCCAAACUGCGCGAGAAGAACAAAAUGCUAGCCUCGCUGUUGGCCAAUCCGGCCAAGGCUCCAACACCGUUACUGCCCGGUCACCUGCCUCUGAACCGCAUCAUCCCCGAUAUACCCAUCUCCAAUGUGGCCCGGCAGAUGGCCAGUGUCACCAGUUCGACACCUCCGAAUCAGAGCAUCAACAACAACAACAACCUGACAACCAACAACAAUAAUCUGAAACAAGUACAACAGAUUAACCAUCAGCUGCGGAUGCAUCAACAGCAGCACAUGCGCAAAUCAGCUAUGCCUUCACAAUCACAACAGCCACCUACUUCAUCCGAUAUCUACCUCAGCCACCAACAGCAGCAGCAGGCGCUACUACAGCAGCAACUGGUUGCUUCCCAGCAGCGUCAGCAAAAUUUCUCCCCAGCGAUUCAAGACUCGGGCAUCGGUUCGGUCGGUAGUGGUCCGUUCGCGACAUCCUCGUCGGCCACUUCAACCACCAAUCAACCGACACCCGAGUGGGAUCCGGAGCUAAACGAAAUACUUAACCACGUAAUCGAUAUCGCUCCCGAGGGUAACUUUGGCGAAAGCGAACUCAAUAGUCUUUUAGGUAUAAGUUCCAUCGAGUCAUCCACAUCAACCACUCCAUCCCAAUCGAGUCAGCAGGACAUCCAGGAAAAGCUAGCGAUUAACGCAAUCCAGAAAUCCCUGAUGCAGAUUGAAAACGUCACCUCACCAAUGCAGUACAGUGGAAGUCCACCGGCGUAUCCGAUGCACGGUAUGGGCCCCGGAGGUUCUCCGGCAGGCGCCAUGGGUCCACAGCAACAGCAGCAACAACAACAACAACAGCAGCAAGGUCCCGGUACACCGACAUCUUCCAAUCCGCCGAACUUUACCCCGCCUCCAGUAUACACACCGCGCAUGCGUCUGUCCGGACCGGGACCGGGACCGGGUGGUGUCGGACAGAUGGGUAACGGUGCACCCGGAGCGAAUGCGCUUGCCAUUCAGAAGUUGCAGAACCAUCACCAACAGCAGAACCGGUUGCACCAGGAACAGCAACGACAGCGGCUUUUGCAGCAGCAGAAGCAACAGCAGAUGGUCGUCCCUGUCAAUGCGACCGCCAAUGCCGACAUAAACCUUGGAUUAACACCGGGCAUGCAGAACAUCGAAUCGCUGCUGAAUAACACCGUGGCCCCGAACGUUUCGCUGACCCGUGCGAACAGUGUCGUGCCGGAUCCCCAGCUCAGUCCCGGUUUUUCGCCGGGGCAAUUGAUGCAACAGCAGUUGAGUCCAAACCAACGAACUCAGCUCAGUCCACAGCAGGCAGCUUUUCAAGGUAACCCGUUCAACAAUAAUCCGGUCCAUCGGAUGUCACCGCAACAGCAGCAGCAAAUGGUCGCUAGUUUCCAGCAUAGUAAUUCCGGAAACCAGCAACUUUCGCCUCGACAGCCUCCCUUCAGCAGUGCCCAACAGGUGACACAAUCCAACCCAGUUGCCAUUCAGCAGCAGCAACAGCAGCAGCAGCAAUGGCAGCAGAGUGCAAACGCCCGCCUUUCAAUCCAGCAGCAAAAUCCAAUGCUCAAUGCUCAACUAUCGACGGUGCCAGGAUUCAAUCCAAAUGCAGCCAACCGACAGUUCGUGGCACCUCAAAGACAGCGUUCGCUGAAUUCUCCCGGAACACCGCGACAAGGUUCGUUCGGUGCAACAGUAGAUGGAGGAUUUCCCGGUCCACCGAGUCCCUCACAAGCCAAUACCUCAUCAGGGCCUAACUUCGGUAAUCCCGUCUAUGCUAGCCAACAAAUGAGACUCCAAAGACAGGGAAGUGUUCCUCCGCAGGCCACCCAGCAUUUGCCAGGAUCGCCACGUCCCUCGUACGGUGGACAUGGACCCGGUCCGGACGCUAGUGGCUAUGGGAUGAUGUUCAACAAUGCCGCCAUGCAGCAGCACUCUGCAGGCUCACCAGGCGAUUUCUUCAAUCGCAGUCAAACUGGUGCCAACGGUGGGCUGAACUCGUCGGAACUGGUUCGGCAGGAGCUCAGGGCGGUGGUUAGUGGAAGAGCACAGAACGCAGCAAGUGGCGGUGUUGGCGGAACGGGCGGCCUGCGAACACCGCAAAGUCCGAUUGGAAUGUCGCCUAUGGUAACCGCCGGCGGUGGUGGUGGUGGUGGGGGCAUACAGGGACCUGGAAGUGCACACAGUGGGGCCGGAACCGUCGGUAACAACAAUGGUUCCGUACUCAGUCCCGGCAUGGGAAGCAUAACAGGAAGUUUAGUUAGUAGUGGUGGCGGUGUUGGUGGUGGUGGUGGCAGCGGAGGUGGAGCAGGAGGAGGAGGAGGUGGAGGUGGAGCAAAUGGAAGCAAUUCUGGCAACACGGACGGUAUGCAGACAUCACAGUUACCAGGUACGUCAUCGUUACUCAACACACCAGGCGACAUGGAUCCGUCAAUGCUAUUCAAUUUUCACCUCGCGCCGAAAGUGGAUAUUGGCGGAACCGUUCUAGAUAGUAAAUUAGUAACCUCUAACCAAUGGCCGUCGGUAGCCGACGAAAAUGACAACCCUAUUAAGAGGAAUUCUUCGGAGGAAAUACGAGUCGGUGACCCGAAAAAUUCGUCCCUCCUUCUGCAAAAACUUCUAUCGGAUUAAAGUGAUAAAUUUAUUUAGCUUUGUUUUGUAAAUUUAGUCCAGUUGUUUUGUUUUUUCGUUUUGUUUUAUUUUACGACAAAUUAAAAAAAAAGAAAAAAAAACAUUGAAAUUGUACAUUUACGUACACACAGUCUAGUUGUGUUACAAUUUGAUUUGGCAUAUUACAGAAAAGAAAAAAAAAUGAAUAAAUAUUCAAAAAAAAAAACCACACAAGUUAAAAACGGAAACAACAAAACAGAAAUGAUAAGCGAUGUGAUGUUCACUGUGGGGUAGAACCAGGAACCAUAAAUAACAACCUGAAAUGAAAGUAUAUGAACAUAAUGAGGAGACAAAAAAAAACAGAAUGGUACCGCGCUGUAAAUAUUAGUUAUUGUAAAGUGUAAUCCAAGUAUAUAAUUUAAAGUAUAUAUAUACAGAAGUAAAGUUGAUCUAAGGUUUAAACAAAUAAGUAAAUGAAAAAUGCUAAAGUAAAAAUACAAAACAAAGUAAGGAAAAUAGAAAUACCUCUAAAGUUAGUUCAAACUAAUAAAAGGAAAAAACGAAAGUGUUAAACAAAAAAAAAAACAUGUAUCUAAAUUAACCAAAAAAUCAACAAACAAUGAACGGUUGGAACAUUGAAACCAGCAAGAGACGAAUCAAAUACUAGUUCGAAAGCAAAAAACAAAUAGAAACAAACAGACAAGACUAGUUGCAUAUUCGAUGAUAGAAAGUUAUUCACUCGUUGAGGACGUAGAAAAUCUAGAGGACAGUAAAUUCAGGCGAGACCAAGCAGAUCUCGAUCCCAAAGACUUGCGAGCAUGCAAAACAAAACAAAACAAAACAAAAAAUAACGAAAACAAACAAACGAACAUUUGAAAACACCCAUCAAUCAACGGUUUCGCAUUUAUUACAAGAAAUUGAACCAGAAAAAUCAAUGUUGCAGCAAAAUGUCACAAACUUGUUAAUGUGUAGAAGAGCACGAGUUAAAAGCAAACGAUAGGAUUGAUAGGAUUUUCCAUCUCUUCUCAGCCAACGGUCCUUCCCAAAAGACAGGGAUGGAAAGUUAGAAAAAAGAGAAAGAAAUAGAGAGUUAGAGAGAGAGAGAGAGAUCACCUUCACAACGCCACCUGUCUGACCCCUCGCUGUUUGAGUUAGUUUCCGUGCUUCGGUGCCCUACGUAGCUACAAUGCGAGAGCGAUCGAGAUAUAGCGAAUUAGUCACUGCGGAGCAACUGUGUGACAGUUGGAACUCGUCACUGUUGGGCAAAUUGAGAAAAAAAAAUGCACACCCGAAAUCCGGGAGCCGAUUCUCUACAGGAAGGAAUAAACAAACUAACAAAAAAAAAAAGCAGAUACCGAACGAGGACCGUGUGCUGUGAUAAUUAUUUUCUUUUUUGAGAGAUUGCGACCUCGAUCGGUUAUCUGCUGCUGCGACGAGGAAUGACUGCUCAAAUCACAUCCACCAUACACUAGUACUAGUGGCUCGCAGACUUGGGGAGGGGCAAUUAAGGUGUCACCCAUGAAAAACAAUUGAAGAAAAAUCAACAGCAGCGAAAAAACGUAAAAAAAAAAACAUUGGACUCAGUCCGAGUGAAGCGCGAGAGAAGGGUAAUCAAUGAGAGCGUAAGCUUAGGGAGUUAGGAGAAAAUAAAGUGAAACUACGUAGGUACCUCUUAUCCAUGCAAAUACUAUUUAUCAGGAGAAAAGUGUUUGAAAUUAACUAACAAGGGUGUAAUUUUUUUUGUAGAUUUUUUCACUAGCAUCAUUACUUGUGUGUUUGAGGCUAGCACAACACACGAAGCCGAGAUGCUCUCAGAUCAUUUAAGUGAAACUAUCAGUUUAAGAGUAUUGGCGAAUUGCUUAACUUUGCAAACUGUUUCGUGACAGCUCACUCACACAUACACAAACACAAACACACAUACAUACAUCCAUACAUACAUACAUACAUACAUGAAAAAGGCUUUUUCUCUCAUACACACACACACUCUAUUGUAUAUUUUGUAUUCAAAUUGUAAAGUUACUUGGAAGCUACUAGAAGUCAGAUAAAGUUCGCUGAAAGCGGUAAACAAACGGCAAACACGCGCGCGCGCGGACAGAGCAAAAGGAUACAUACUAUUAAAAUACACGAUCCGUUUGCUGCGUGUGCUUCUAAUUUAAUUUGCAUACUACACAAAAUGGAAUAAACGGAAGCGGAAGACGUGGUGUGGAAUGGACGCGUAAGUAAGGCGGGGUGGGGGCCGAGCGUUCGAGAUGUGUCCACCCAGCAUUCGGUACUUCGGUUAAUUUGACGGGCAGUUUUUCAAAAUUAGAUCACAUCAGGGCACCACCACGCGUUGGAUCCUCUCCACCCCCCCCAAACACCUACACCCACACACACACACAGUUUAUUUUUAACCACUUAAUGUUAAUUGGAAGCUUCCCGCUCCUCUUUUGAUUUUAUUAUUAAUCCAUACGCGUACACGAUACAUGAUAAUUUAAUUUUUAUUAUUAUUGCUAUUAUACAUUUACAUGUUGAGGUUAGUUUUAUUUUGUGUUUUAUGCAAAAAAGAUGGCGAAAUAUAUUUUUGUUAUAAUAUUAAUAAUAAAAAUAUCCAAUCGUUUGUUUUA